CUGGCUGCGGGGCGGCCGCCCCCGUCUCCGCCCCGCGCCGCCAGCCCGCGCCGGCGAGGGGCAGCGGCGGGAGCGGCUCCGCGGUGGCGCAGCGGCGCCGGCGGGAUGCGGCGGGCAGCGGGAGCGGGGGCGCCGCGGCGGCGGCGGCUGCUGCUGGCGGCGGCGGUGCUGGGGGCCCUGUGGUGCGCCGCGGCGGCGGGCGGCGGGGGCCGGCGGCGGGCGGCCAGCCUGGGCGAGAUGCUGCGGGAGGUGGAGGCGCUCAUGGAGGACACGCAGCACAAGCUGCGCAACGCGGUGCAGGAGAUGGAAGCUGAAGAGGAAGGGGCAAAAAAGCGGUCAGAAGUAAACUUUGAAAACUUGCCUCCCACCUACCAUAAUGAGUCCGACACAGAAACCAGAAUUGGUAAUAAGACUGUUCAGACUCACCAAGAAAUUGAUAAGGUCACAGAUAACAAAACUGGAUCAACAGUUUAUUCUGAGAUGGUUAUUACAUCUAUAAAAGAUGGAGAAAACAAAAGAAAUCAUGAGUGUAUCAUUGAUGAAGAUUGUGAAACAGGGAAAUAUUGCCAGUUCUCCAGCUUUGAGUACAAGUGUCAGCUCUGUAAAACCCAGCAUACACAUUGCUCCAGAGAUGUCGAAUGCUGCGGAGACCAGCUCUGCGUUUGGGGUGAGUGCAGGAAAGCUGCUUCAAAAGGAGAGAAUGGCACCAUUUGUGAGAACCAACAUGACUGCAACCCUGGAACGUGCUGUGCUUUUCAGAAAGAAUUACUGUUUCCUGUGUGCACUCCGUUACCUGAAGAAGGUGAACCCUGCCAUGAUCCUUCCAACAGACUUCUCAACCUGAUCACCUGGGAACUGGAACCUGAUGGAGUACUUGAGCGGUGCCCAUGUGCAAGUGGCUUGAUCUGCCAACCUCAGAGCCACAGCACUAUGUCUGUGUGUGAACUGUCCUCCAGUGAAACCAGAAAUAAUGAAAAAGAAGAUCCCUUAAUCAUGGAUGAGAUGCCAUUUCUCAGUUUGAUACCCAGAGAUAUUCUUUCUGAUUAUGAAGAAAGCAGCGUCAUUCAGGAAGUGCGUAAAGAAUUAGAAAGUCUGGAGGACCAGACAGGUUUGAAAGAGCCUGACUCAGCUCAUGACCUGUUUUUGGGAGAUGAAAUUUAAAGUCCAAACACCAGUUUAGUUAUUCAGUUAUUUCUUGGAAUUUUUGUCUAGUGUCUUGCUUAUAUAAACCCUAAACACGUACUGCUGGAUAGAAGUGCAAUAAACACGGUUUUCAAUGGGCAUCCUUUCCUUUGCACCAAAGCUGCUUGUUUCAGCUGUUGUUGAUUUCAUUCUAUCAAUCCUUGGAGCAAACCUCUGGUUAAAGACAAAUGAGAAGUACCAGUGUUUCCUUUGGAUUGGUACUUUCUCCUUUUAUGUUAGAACUAAAUUUAUCAGUGCUUGUACUCAUUAAAUAUAAGUAUACUAACUUAUUAGUGACCCUAGAAGUUUUGAGUAUUUCCUGUACAUAUUUUUAGAAUGGUUUAUUUUUCUAGAGUAAGAACCAUCUACUUGCUUUGGACUGUUUUUGCCCAUUGAUCUUGAGCUAUGUAUUUUUUUUCUUUCAAAAAUAUAAUCAGUGAAGCUGCAA